AUUAUUCAAUUUUUCUUACAGACAACUGCUUGCUAUCUUUACUGCCUAGAUAUGGUGGUACCAUCACUUACUACCUACUGUAAGUGGGCGGCGUUCACAUUUAUCUUUCCACAUCUUGCUGUUCGUCAACUUCUUCUCUUCACUCACUUCAUGCUCUCUCAAACUUUCAUCAUAUUUCACUAAGCUCCUCACGAAUGAACUCAAUUACCCUGUAGUCGCGAUUCGCACAAUUUCAUGAUUCGCAAAUUCGCAAGUCUCGCCCCUCCCUUCUAGUAGUAAUUCGCAAAGCUCUCGGACGCCCACUCGAUUUAAUUGCAUUUGCAUUUGCAUUAUUGGCCUAACACUUCAGCUCGUCUUUUCAUAACUGCAGCCCAGUAACCAAACGCGGGAUCUCGAAUUACAUCGAAUAGUGGUCAUUCCUACCUCGAAUCCUAUUCAAUUACUCUGACCUAAGCCGUGAUUCAGCACACUGAAGAGUGGAAAGCCCUUUUGCAAAAAUUCCCCACAGCGUCACACCCUCUGGAUUACGAUUAGCUCCUGUACCCAUUCCCGGUAGUCCUGUCCUCAUUCCCAUAGCCAAAUUUAGAGUCCCGAAAGACAGAGAUCGAAAUCUCACCAGCGCGCAAUUCUUAGCAUCGCCACCCCAAAUCUUCCUUGGUUCGGACUUUCAGGAUUUGGCCGGAUCUCAACUCUCACAAGCGAACAUUUUAUGUGCUGAGAAUUAUUACGUUACUGUUCAUAAAUCUUGGAUUGAUUGGGUUUUUUUUAGCAGCGGAUUAUAUUCAGAAAAAAGUGGGCGAACAAACUUAAUAUUGACGGACAGAGCUUUUGAAAACAAGACCCUCUGGAACAGCGGUUCAUGUCGAAAAGGUUCUUGGGACAUAAGACCACCCCUUCCACUUCCGAUACUGGUAGGAAUCUCACUAGCUUUAGCCGCAGAGCAGAGGAACAAAAAGACCAGGUUUCAAGGUUGUAUGAGCUUGGACUACUCAGCGACUCGGAUAAAAGAUCCAGGAGACGAGAGAGAGACAAGGUCAAGGAUUCAUCUGGUGGAGCCCGCGUUGCAGGAUCCCAUCCCAAAAAGGGUAAUCGAAAAGUUCUUGAACAUACUCGUGGGAUUUCAGAUACGUCGUUCUCUUCGGUCUCCCCUCUAGCCAGUAAGGCGAAUCGUGAUUUCAAACAACGAGCUGGUGGUGGAAUGUCAGGAAUGUUGGACACGGACAGAACUCGUAACAGGAGGGAGAGGACGUUUGUUGGCAGCGAAUGUUCUGUGUGUGAAGAGCCAUUGGAACAUACCCUUCGAGGCGAACGAAUAUUGCAGUUUUCCUGCGGCCAUGUCUCUCAUGAGGCAUGUUUUUACGAAUACAUCAAGGAAAGCGACGCUCAAUAUUGCCCAACUUGCAAUGCGCCCUUAGGUCUGGAUACGAGUCGAGGAGGCAAUGUUCUUGACAUUGGUAAGACUUUCAAAAGUAGUGAGAAGCUAAGUAGUAUUGUGCGUUCAGUUUCGGCCAGCGACCAGUCCGCGAGAUCAACGCCCACACCCUCGAAUUGGGAAUCCCAGACCGUACGACCACCCAGUCGCGAUUCCAAUGCUCGAACUACCAGAACGAGAGCGAACAGUCAGGAUACCCACAUUAGAGAUAAUAGCAGAGAUAAUGGUAGCAACAGAGAUAGUGGGGAUAGUCGGGAGCGCAUGGAUAGAUACGCACAACCAUCGAGAAUCUCGCACCAAAGAAACGAUAGCGAAAAUGCUCCCUCAUCCGUUGGGUACCCAGAGACUGCAACAAGCGGCCCACCUCGCCGUCAUGACUACGAUGUGCAAGCGAUGGAAUCGAAUCUUAUGAGCCCUCGAGCAAGUGUUACAAGGAACCCCAUUCCAGCUCCGGUCGUCAGCAUUCGUUCAGAGUUCCCAACCUUGAACAGGUCCAGACAGCAACAAACUUUGACUUGUCUUAUCACAAUCGAGGUUCCUGACAAUAAAUGGCGACCCGACCCAGAUGAUAUUCGAGGUGCCCCUCCACUACCCAACAUUCGACCUGAAGAUACCUAUGCUCGACCCCCAUCUCCAGCUCAGAGCGCACCACGUUUCUACCCCUAUGAAUCUCCAGAGGUUUUGGACGAAAUCACCGAAGGUUUACGAACUCGGGUGGAAAAUUGGCAUGGUCUUGACUUUAAUAGAUUUGGAAAAUUACGAUUAUAUGGAACUAUUCGAGUUGGAAAAGACAGGCAAUCUUGGCAGGAACUGGAAUGUUUCCUGUUCGCAGAAAUGCUGAUCUGCGUGAAAGAAAAGAAGAUUUCAUCGUCACAACCAUGGGAUGAAUCCAAUGGCGUUCGCAAAAGUACUCGAUGCACACUCAAAGGAUCAAUAUUAAUCAAAAAGCACUUGAACGAGGUGACUGAAUCAGGAUCUGGUAAUUCUCUUGGGCAAACCGAAAAAAUCACCGCAGCUAACUUACGCCCUACUGAAGAUAACAACAUAUUGACCUUGAGUCUGUCAGUGGCCGAACUCCCAUCAUUUCAUCUCAAGUUCGAUAAUCGCAAUCAGCUUAAAUUGUGGCAGCAGGCUUUGUUGGAUUUAAACGCUAUCGAGGGUUCUCCAGCACGAAGUCCAGAUUACGAUUUGUCAGAGCCAGAAGAAGAAGAAUGGAGUCGCGAUUCUACAGGUCUCCAGCGAGUGUCGGUUAAUUCCUCGGCCUAUGGACCUAGAUCCGCGACCGCCGCACCGGCAGAUUACGCAAGUGCACCUAUAGGUCUCCGACUACCAGCUGCAAUUCACGUUCCUGUUGAUAUUGUGGUUGUGAUUCCAAUAUCUUCUUCGAUGCAAGGUGUCAAGAUUACUCUGGUGAGAGAUGCAUUGAAAUUUAUGGUUUCCAACCUGGGAGAUCGUGAUCGUAUGGGUUUGGUCACAUUUGGUUCCAGUGGCGGUGCAGCACCGCUUGUAGGAAUGACUAGUAGAACAUGGAAUGGAUGGCAGCAAAUUUUGGCGUCGAUCAGACCGGUUGGACAAAAGAGUCAUCGAGCAGAUGUUGUGGAGGGUGCAAAUGUGGCGAUGGAUCUUCUUAUGCAACGAAGGUCGAAUAAUCCAAUUGCUACGAUUCUUUUGAUUAGUGACUCGUCUACAUCCGAUGCGGAGAGCGUGGAUUUUGUGGUAUCAAGAGCUGAGGCCGCUAAGAUUGCUAUUCACUCUUUCGGGCUCGGUAUGACCCACAAGCCAGACACCAUGAUUGAAUUAUCAACGCGAACUAAAGCUUCUUACACAUACGUGAAGGAUUGGAUGAUGUUGCGAGAAUGUCUUGCGGGUUGUCUUGGAUCUCUUCAAACAAUGUCACAUCAAAAUGUGAAAUUAAAGCUUCGACUUCCUGAGGGAUCGCCAGCUAAAUUUGUUAAGAUUAGCGGGGCUUUACAGAUCACUAAGCGUGCAACGGGUAAAGACGCCGAGGCUUCUUUGGGAGAUUUGAGAUUUGGCGACAAGAGGGAUAUUUUAGUGCAGCUAGUUAUUGCUCCUGAUAAUGCUUCGCAAGAACAACUCGCUCAAGAUCCAUGGGACUCUAUAGUUUCUGGUCUUGAGGCUCUUGGUGGGUCACUUGAUCAAGAAGAUCAACGAGUCGUCUCAAUAGAGGAAGUUCCUCUGAUCCAAGCUGACCUCACUUGGGGAGAUAUCCUCAGAGAUGGAACACUUGCUCAUUUACCUCGCCCUUCACUCUUAGCAAUCACUAUGCUUCCUGCCCCAACAAAUCAGAAGAAACACACGACUUGGAAUAGUGCACCACCCAUUCCGCCCCAUCCAAGCGUCGUUCAACGACGUAUGGAACUUCUCACCUCUGACAUGCUUACACGCGCUCUCACAUUGGUUUCUCGCGGCCAGCACGACCGCGCACAACAUCUUUUGAGCGAGACACGAUCGAUCCUGAAAGGAUUAGGAAAAGGUGGUCUCCCACCCAUUCCACCUCCACCUUCUAAAUCCCCCAAUCACAAUCUCUCAUCUCGCACGGGUUCUUCAUCACCUACGAAUCGUACUCCCGAUAGACGUCGCACCCCUUCCCCAACAUCUGCUACGACAAUGACCUCAAAUCACACUCUGGGUCCGAUUCCUCGACACCGAUCAAAUGAUGCACUUUCGGCUGUUGUCACGGCCCCGGGUAUCGAUCCCAAUACUGUUGCGGCUCUUGAUGCGGAGUUGGAGGCGAGUCUCGAAUGGAUCAAUCAUCCUGCUGUAUUUGGUCGGGAUAGUAGAAAAGCCGUACUGCAAGCUAUUGGGGUGAUUAGUAGUCAGCGUGGAUAUACAUUCCGCACCACGGUGGAAAGUCUCUGGGCGGGUCGCGUGAGCGGGAUCAAGAGAAUGACGGAUCGCAGUCGGGAAUGGAGAGAGGAAGGAGGGGACGAGGUGGGGAUUAUGGAAGAGAGUUGAUUCUGCGUUUUGCUUUGCGUUGGGAUUUAUUUGCGCUCUCUUCUCAUCUCUCUCUCUCUCUCCCUCUCUCUCGCUUUUCGUUUAGAUGAUACCUCAUGGUCGUUUCUUUAACGACUAUUUUUUCACAUUUAAUGAGCAUUUCUUCCGGAGAUGGGCAUUUCCUUAUUUUACUGUACCAUAUUUUCAGCGCGAGGUUAGCGCAUUUUUGAGCACGGCGGAAUUGUUUCUUGUUCUGGUUCUGGUUCUUGGUUACUAUAACACACAUACCCCCUUUUGUUAUCUAUGGAGAUUUUUUGUUGAUUUUGUUUUCCUUCUCACUAUUUCAUUUCUUCACGGCUCGAAUGAAUACUUGGUACGUUUAUUUGUACUUUGGUCGUUUAUGGUCGUACUCCCACGUCGUUGUGGGAGGAAGUUGGUGGUGUUUGGAUAUUAUGGGAUGGAAUGGAUGGGAUGGAUGGGAUGGAAUGGGAUGGAAUGGGAAAAAUUUGGAUUUUCGGAGGGAGGGAGGGAUUUGGGAUUAAGAUUUUGAUUUUGAUUUUGAUGGGGACUGAGAUUAAGGACAAGAUUGUCCGCUCUUUUGAUAUGAUGUGAUGAUGAUGGAUGGAUGGAUGGUGGAGAGGGUUUG